GUUGGCAACACUGGUUAAAGCGCCGUUUAUUUUUAUUGUUUAUUUUGCUGGGUACAAUUCAUGGUACAUUUUUGAAAGACACUUUUAUAAUACCUGAUUUUUUUCUUUUAACAUUUUUUUAAUAAUACUAGGUACAUUUCAGCUAAAAUGCCGAGAACCAAGCGGACUCAAAAUAAAAAAAUUAUAGAUGCUGCUCGUCUAAACAAAAAAGAUUUGAUAUUGUUAAUUAAGGAUAAAGAGACAGAAUAUUUAACUUUAUUGGAAAAGGAAAUGGAAGAAAAAUUACAAUCAAUUACUUUGGCUUAUAUGAAUGAAAAAGCAAGUAUAAGAGAAUCUAUGUUAAAUGCAACUGUUAAAGAUAUUAAAAGUGGUGCAUUCAAUAGUUUUUCAGAAACUACAGUAGCUUUUUCUGAUUUAACUAAUACAUUAGAAUCAAUAAAAAGCUCCGCGAACCAUACAUCGAUUAAAAAGGGAGUGAUAUCGGAGGCUAGAAGUCGAAAAAGAAGUGCAUCAGUAGAUUCAAGAAAAUCAGUUAAAAGAAGUAUGUCAUUAGGUUGUCGAGAUGAGGGUAAGUUGUUCAUAAAUUAAGUAUAACAUUUGGAAGGGCAAACUUUCAUCUUUGAUAUCAGCUUAUGCGAUAAUUUAAUGUUUUUAACAUACUAACAUCCUUCAACUCUUAAUGAGUGACCUGAUGAGUUAUUUCUAAUAUCUUAAGGUGCGUCCAGACCUGAGGAGAAGAGCGCGAGACAUUGCAAAUUCGCUAAGUGUGGAGAGGUCUAGCAAGAGCCCUAUUUAUAUAUUUAUUUAUUUAUUAAAAUCUUAACAGAAAUACAUUCCGGUUACAAAGCAAGUACAGGUAAUUACUAACAAUAUAAAAAAUCUCAAUAAUUAAAUUCCAAAUCAAGAUACAAAAUGCCUAAAACGUUUGACACUCAACAAAAAA